AUGAAAGCAUCUGGAAUAGUGACAGUGACAGUGAUCGGUUGUAUUUCCCUGACGUUGCUGAGGGCGAUUGAUUGCGAUAAUACCUUCAUCGAUGACCCUCCCGAUGGAUACUUUCAGCGGACUUCGUUGGACGGGAAAAUAACCUACGGUUGUGGAGGUUCCCUAAUUUCAGCUCGUCAUAUUUUGACUGCAGCCCACUGUGGACACAACGGGGAAGAUAAAGAUCCCCCAGAUACGGUUCGACUGGGUGAUACCAGCUUAAAUUCCACAGAAGAUGAUCUAUACGCCCAGAGCAUUAAGAUCAAGAAGUUUAUCGCCCAUCCGAGUUACAAGCGAACUCAAAAGUACUUUGACAUUGCCCUUAUUGAACUGGAAAAAGAAGUAAACUUCGACACUUCCGUGUGUCCCAUUUGUUUGUGGCCACGGGAUGAUCUGUAUAAGUAUUCCGGAAACUUAGAGGUGAUGGGAUUCGGUUUAACAGAUUUUGCAUCCGAUCCCAGUCCCACUUUGCUCAAGGGUAAUGUUAACUAUUUUGACUACGACACCUGCAAUUCUAUGCUGCGACGUUCCAAAUCUUUGGCGAAAGGACUUACUACCGAUAUGUUCUGUGCCCGGGCCCCUGAAACGGACACAUGUCAGGGAGAUUCCGGAGGACCAAUUCAAAUCGAGCUUUCCGACGUUAGCAAAGCUAUCCCAUUUCUGGUAGGGGUAACCUCAUUUGGUACCGGAUGCUGGAACGGAUCAUUUGGAGUCUAUACUAAAGUGGCCAAAUACAUGGACUGGAUUCAGACGAUAGCAACGGAUGUUCCAGCUAAUCCUUUAGAAUGCGCUCGUCAAUCACAAUGCUUAGCGGCGAGAAAAUUCUCGGACAGUCGAAUAUCUCCUCAAAACAAUUCGCCAUUCUUCAGGGUUGAACUUCAGAUUUCUGAUAAAAGCUUCAAGCAGUGUAGCGGUGCGCUGAUCGACUAUCGACAUGUCCUAACUUCGGCAACUUGUACUCAAACGGAAGAAGGACAAGCGCCAACUCACAUUCUUGCUGCAGAUCAGUCUAUCCAAAUCAUUGAUAUCACGAGGCAUCCUUCUUGGGAACCAGAAUCCAGUUACAAUGAUCUCGCUGUCUUGAAGUUGGAAAAGUUCUACAAUCCUCACAAAAUCUAUCAAAUCGUUGCGCCCGGUUGCGUCUGGAGGAAAGAAGCUAUUCCGGAACCAAUUGUGUUCUAUUCCGGGUAUGGGCCGGAUUUUACCGGUGUUUCGAUUACUGGUUCGGCAAAUGUUUCGUUGAAGAUUUUGACCGCUUUCAAUCAGGAAAAUGGGAAGUGUAACGAAAGUUACAGCGGCAAAUUUAGCGAUGAACUUGAGCAGGGCUUCACCGAGGACUUUGUGUGUGCAGAGAAUCCAGUGGAACUGGUGCCGGGAAUUUGUAAGAACAAUCCAAAACAUUUUUAG